ACUUAGCAAUUCAAAUUUAAGCCUUUUAAUCUACCAAAUAGUUACCAGUCGAAUGUACAAAAUUUAUCACUUCAUAUAUACAAUCAUGACUAACACUAAAUUCUGUACACAAAAAUUUCUAUGUCAAGCAUGGGUGACUAACGGCUUAGCUACAAAAACCUAAGUCCAAAAGUGCCUAGCCGUCUAGCUCGUCACUCCCCCGGGCUUCCCACGCGUCGGGUCUCACUACCUGAAAUGGUGGACAAAGAAACCGUGAGAUAGAAAUAUCUCAAUGGGGACGCUGGAAAAUGGCUGGGUUCACUUCGGCUGCAGCAGGGAGAAAAACAAAGCAAACGCGAGGAUGGCUGGAAAGAAAGAAAGAAAGAAGAAAAAGAAAAGAGAAAUGAGUCAGCCGGCCUUAUCCAAUAAGAGCUUUAACCCCUUUAAAGUUUGAAAAAUUGACAGUUAGGUCCAUUAAUAAUAUUUUCUCACUAUUAAGUCCCUAACUCAACUUAUAUGCUCUAAGAAAUUUUGGGGUAUUACAAUUUCACUUGGAUAACAGGCUCUUUUUGGAUUGGUUGAUGUUUUAUAAACUCCAUUCUUUUCAUGGAGAAGUUGUAGUUGAAUCUACACUGCACUUGUUUUGUGAGAUCGAUGUAACUUAUUGUAACAUAUUGGAAUACCACUUGUGCUCACUCUUAAUAAUAACAAAUUAUUUGC